AUGGAGCUGCCGCGGCUGCUGCUGCUGCUGGCGCUGGGCACGGGCCGCGCCGUGGGCCUGGGGGAACGUGCCGGGGGUGCCGCGGGCUCGGGGGGCAGCCCCCCGCCGCCCCCCACUGCAACCCAACUGCCCUACGUGCCCCGCGCGCCCCCGCAGCCGCUGGCGGGCAGGGUGACGGCCACCACCUUCGCCCUGGACAAGCCCUUCUGCGUCUUCGACGGGCACGUCCGCGCCAGCGACAGCGUCUGGCUGGCCGUCACCUUCGCCAACGGUGAGUGCUGGCCCGGGCAGGCGGCCGCCGCGCCGCCGUCCUCGGCACCGGCCUCUGCCCCUGCAGCCACGGCCGCCUUCAGGAACCCGCCGUCGGCCGCCGCCAUCCCGCCGUACGGGCGGCUCCGCGCCGCGCUCGCCUACAUGACGCUGGAGGCGCCGGCGGGCGCCUACGCGUGUCCCGCGCGGAGCCCCGGCGUCCUGCGCGUGGGCAGCGACACGACGUGCGGCGCCCAGCGCGGCCCGGCCGCCUGCAACGGGCCCCUGCCCUCGCCGGGGCCCUACAGGGUGAAGUUCCUGGUGCUGGGGCCCCGCGGCCCCGUGGCCGAGACGCAGUGGUCGGAGCCCGUGGGCCUGCGGCAGGCCCACGUGGGCUACAUGCCGGAGCUCACGCAGCGCCCGCUGGCCGCCCGGGUGACCACGUCCACCUUCGUCCUGGAGCAGCCCCGCUGCAUCUUCACCAACACCUCCAGCGACCUGAUGAUCUGGCUGGUGGUGGCGCUGGAUGAGGCCACGGGGCAGUUUGACCCCCGCACGCAGCCGGAGACGCCGCCGCUGGCCUUCCAGACGUUCCCCAACAACACGGCGUACGCCACGCUGGGCACCAGCGUCGCCAACUACCCCUGCCCCGCGCCCACCUCGCGGGACAUCACGGUGCUGCGCGUGGGCAGCGAAACUGCCUGCAGACUCAACGCGAGCAGGCCCAGCUGCAACGGGCCCCUGCCAGGGCCCGGGCCCUACCGGGUGAAGUUUGUUGCCUGGAAAAGCUCUCAACUCGAGGCUGAGACGGAGUGGUCUGAGCCCAUCACCCUGCUCAGAGCCCAACCAGCCCACAUGGUCCCUGUGACACCGAGCGGGCGCAGCGCCGGCAUGAUCGUCCUCACCUCCAUCCUCUCCAUCCUCUUCGCUGUCCUGCUGGCCUGCCUGGUGGCCCUGCUGGUCACCUGGUGCUCCGAGGCGUGGGGCAGCAGCAGCGUGUUCAGCACCAAGGCGGACGCCGUGUCGGUGCGGCGCUACAACACGCACCACGUCUACGACCAGCCGGCCGCCCGCCUCUGA